AUGAAUAUGCAGGCGUUAGAGAUGCACAAAAAGUCCCCGGAAAAGCUCCGCGGGUGGUGCAUUUACUGGCUCGUUUUAGCCACGUUCACAGUUUUCGAACGCAUCACGGACGCGUUUUUAUUCUUCCUCCCGUUGUACCACGAGGCGAAAGUCGCCUUCGUGGUGUACUUGUGGCACCCGAAGUCGCAAGGCGCGUUGUACAUUUACGAUAAGUUCGUCGCGCCGACGUUAUCGAAACACGAAGGCUUAAUCGAUCGUAAAAUUGAAGAGACGCAGGCGAAAGUUGGAGACGUCAUAUUCUCGUACUCGAAGAUGGCGUACGCGUACGUGCAAAAGAUGACGUUGCAGUUGUUGCAAAGUUUGCCGACGGCGCAAGCAGCGAUGCACGCGCAACAACAAGGGGGAGCGCAGGCGGCGAGCGAACCCGUUAAUCCAAUCAAAAAGGAACCGGUGGCGACUGAAGCCAAGUAA